CAAUUGCGUCGCAGUUUUGACGGUUUUAUAAAGAAACAUGAGCUUAAAAAUCGAAUUAACAGAAAGGACAAUAGAUGAACCUGAACAUGGACUCCCAGGGCGAGGUGAUAGCAGCGCCCCCUGACCACGCACCGGAAGUACUCACCGACGAGCGGAACUUUAUUCUCAACGUAGCCCAGUUUUUCAACAAACCGGAACUCAGUGACGUCACGAUCAAAGUCGGAAACAGCUGUUACCAUGGACACAAAUUCGUGCUCGCAAAAUCCAGUGACGUAUUUCGGACAAUGCUAUAUGGCGGUGGCUGGGCCCUGGGUGACGAAACUGACCUCAUCCUGAGUGAGAGUGAAGAGUGCCAAUCAGUGUUUGAUAUAUUUUUGAAAUUCAUGUAUACUGCCGAAGUUUCCGUCACCGUGGAAACGGCUGUGGGCAUUUUAUGCUUAGCAGAUAAAUAUAACGUAACGUCGCUCAAGGAAUUAUGUGUUCAUUAUAUGGUGCGUAAUACACAAUCACCGAAGGUUCAUAAUGCGUUACACUGGUACAAUUGGGCGAAGGCCCUUCAUUUGCAGGAGCUGGUGGAUUCAUGUAGCAAAACCAUAGCUUGGAAUAUGGAAGCCAUAUUAGGUUCUACAGAGUGGAAUGACAUGGAUAUGCACUUUGUACAGGAUGUCCUCAAUAAUUCUGGACUUGUUGUGGCCAAUGAGUAUGAUUUGUUCACGGGACUGACAUCCUGGCUCCUUUGUGAAACACAUAGACCAAACCUCCGAGAGAAUGCCCAGAGACUAUUUCCGUUAAUUCGGUUUCCACAGAUGCUAGUUAGACAGCUGUUUGAGAUAGAACAAUCAAACUUUUUCCAGCUUGAUGAGACGGCAAACGUCCUCAAGGAACUUGUUAAUAAGGCGUACCGUUUUCGGUCCCUGUGCCCCAGUCAGGGCGGCCUAGACGUGUCUUUCAGCGGUCCCUUCUACCGGCCGCGGAACUAUAUGGACUUGGCCGUGGACUCUGUCCUUAUGCAGAACACACUGAGGUUUGGUAUCCAAGUGGAUGUACGGACGUACGCUGGCCCCGUGGUGUCCGAGAAUCGUAGCGGCGAGUGGAAGAUCACAUACCGGAAGCACGAUAAUAGCUGGAGCAUCAACCUGUUUUGCCACGACUCCGCCAUGCUCAACGGGGAGGCGUAUAUUGAGGUGAGCGUCAUCAUCUACAACAACGACGACAAGGUGAUACAGGUUGACAUGAAUCCGGCCACCUCCUGCACGCGCACUAACAACGUCAGUCUUAAUGUUGACGUUAACAACAUUUUCUCUUCAAAGAACAUGGUGUUGCUUAUAAAACCGGUACCACACUGAAUGCCGUGACUUACGCAUUUUGUAUUUACGGGCAUUACUAUUUGUCAAUGUGUUAAAUAUUUGUUCUCUCCUCGCACUUAUUAUGAUGAAUUUUUAUGUAUUUUAAAAUCAUGGUCGUUAAAAACAAUUUGCAUAACUUGAUACAUGUUGCUGACCAUUUGCUAUGUGAUAUCAGGUACACGUAUUAUUGCGCGUGUACACAUUUUGUAUUUGGAAUAAACUCUAAGCUCUACAUUUAUAUCACCAGUAACGGCAGUUAGGCUAUGUAUGCUAUCCUGGUUUGUUCCAGAUGAAUUAAGAUAGGUGUUUUGUGGUGAAUGGUAAUUUGAACUUAUCAAUUAAACUAAUCAAUCAAUAACGAUAUAUAUGUAUAAAGUGUCUUGUAUUUGUCAAAGCUGAUAAAUUCAAUUCUUUAAAAUACAUUAUAUUUAUAUAGUCUUAAAACACGUUUUGAUCGAGUAUGUGUCUUAAAUUCACAUCAAAAGAAGUAACUUAAAAGAGUUUAUUUGUUAUUAAGUGCAUUUAUCAUAAGUCUGACUCUGCACUCAAUAUUCAGUUUUUAUUUUGCAUUAUUUCUUUAGUAAAUAGUUUACAUAUAUUUAUUUGUUUCCGAUUAUCUCUUAUCUCAACGUUUAUUGAACUUUAAAUGCACAUAUCUUGUUUUUUGAUUUUACAACCAGUCUUGAUAUUACAUUUUAUUUGUUAAACAUGUUACCAGUCCAUAUAUAGGGUACAUAUUUCAUGUGUGGGUGUAGCUGUGCCAGGCGUCUUUCUUGCCUACUGAACGAUUAUGGGUAGUUGUUUCACACGUACCUCUCUCUACUCUGUUUUCCUGGCACAGACUCUCAGUGAAGCAAUCAAAAGUUUACAUAGGUACUGAAGUUUUUUUACAUGGCUCUAGUAUGUUCAAUCGUUUGUUCAAAUAAAUGUCAUAAAAAUG